GUGAAUAGCGUCAACUGCUCGACUGUCACGACAAAGUCAAAAGGCCAACUGUAUUUGACACGUGGCACCGACCCACAUGAAUGCCUCUCUCCCCAAAACUACUUCUUCACCAACUACUUAAAGGGCACAGAGAGAGAGAGAGGACAGAAUAUAACCCUUGGCAUCUCUCUCUCCCUCUGUUGGAUUACAGAAAGGAGGGAAAUGGCAUUCUUGUGCUUUCUGGUGGAUCAGAGGAAGCAAGUCCGCGGAAGAAAGCCGGUGGCGGGACAGUGCUCACGCUGCGGCGGUGGUGCAGUCGUAGCGGACAUGACAACCUCCACAAGAUUCUGCCGCGUCCCCUUUUACCGCAAAUAUUGGAGAGCAAUCCUCUGUGGUUUCUGCGGCGCUCUUCUUCGAUCGUACCACUGAUCUCUCCUCCUCUUCUUUAUAUAGCUUACCUAAACCCAUUGGUGUUAUGUAGCUUAAUUUUGAUCGCUAGUUAUUUGACCAAUGUAGCUCCAUUUCCCCCUUUAGCUUUUCUAAAUUAAGAAAGUCAUUUGUCUCCUGCUCUUGUUUUGCUUGCUUCCUUUUUUCCCAGAGACAGAGCUAUUUCUAUGGGAUACAUGCAAAAUUAAUAUU